AUGGAAAUAAAGGCUUAUGCUGGACCAAUGACAUCGAAACAAGCACAAACAUUCCAAAGACGAUGGAAAACACCGCCACGUUUAACACCAACAAUGCCAAUAUCAAAUUUAAACUUGUCAACAUCACACAAAAAAAAUUCGCUAAUCUCUUCACCAAUUAACAGUCCUCAAAUGACAUCAAAAUCAUUAAGUGAUUUGAUGUCAUCAACUCCAAAGCACAAGAAGAAAUUAUUUCAAGGAACGCCCGAUGAUGAUGAUGAGGAAAACGAACUCCAAUUGGAUAACAACAAUAGUGAUAAGAAUGGAAAUCAUAAAGUUGUCAUAACAAAUGGAAUUCUUCGUGAGAAGGAGGAAGAAGAAUACAAAGAGUUGUUUAAUGAACUUGCUGGAAACAAAAUAUCAAAUGGAUAA